AUGUACACAGUUGGCAACCAUGUCAGCAGCAUCUGCAGCACAUGGGGCAGAGAGCACUUCAAGACAUUUGACGGAGAUGUGUACCAGUUCCCUGGUAUGUGUGAAUACAACCUGGCCUCCGACUGCCACGAGUCCUACCAGGAUUUCUCCGUGCACAUGAAGAGGAUAGACAAAGAUGGAAACCCUACAGUCAGUCAUGUGGUAGUCACCAUCAAUGACGUUUUAUUUUACCUCACCAAGGACAUGAUCACUGUGAAUAACCUCCCUGUCAAAGUGCCAUACUACAAUGCAGGUGUACAAGUGGAACAAAAUGCUGUUUACAUCAAGCUCCAAUCUAAAGUCGGCAUCACUGUCAUGUGGAACGGUGACGAUGCAGUCAUGGUGGAACUGGAUACUGAUUAUGCAAAUCGUACCUGUGGACUUUGUGGAGACUUCAAUGGUGUUUCUGUCCAGAAUGAGUUCAUUCAUAAAGGUCGCAAAAUCAGCCCCAUUGAGUUUGGCAACAAACACAAAGUCCAUCGUCCAAAUGAUGAUUGUGAGGACCCCUAUGAGGAGGAAGAUGAAUCACUGGAGGCUGUGCUGGAUUCAUGCAAGGAGUUUCAAACCACCUGUAACCAGAUGCUGCGUUCAGAGCCCUGGAGCUCCUGCACCACUCUGAUCAACCCUGAACCUUACAUCCAGACCUGUGUGCAGGACAUGUGUGGCUGCGCCAACAGAACAAAUGACUUCUGUGUCUGCAGCACACUGUCUGAGUUCUCUCGGCAGUGUUCCCAUGCGGGCGGGCAGCCUCCCAACUGGAGGACACCUCAGUUCUGUGCUAAACAGUGCCCAUUCAACAUGGUUUAUAAAGAGAGCGGUUCUCCUUGCAUGGAUACAUGCACACUUCUGGACACCGGUUCACUGUGUGAGGACCACAAAAUGGACGGCUGCUUCUGUCCUCCUGGAACUGUGUUUGAUGAUAUUUCCAUGAGAGGGUGUAUUGCUCAAUCUGAAUGUCAGUGCAAACACAACAAAAUCUAUAACUCCGGUGAGGUCUACCGACAGGACAGAGAGGAAUGUACAUGUGUUGAGGGUAGAUGGGCUUGUGAGAGCCUUCAAACACCUGCUACAUGUGCAGUUGAAGAGGGUUCACAUGUAACUACCUUUGAUGGAAAAACCUUCACCUUCCAUGGAGACUGUUACUACACCCUAGCCAAAGAUUAUGCAAGUCCAAAGUUUACACUCCUGGUUCAGUUGGUGCCGUGUGCAAAUCAAGAGUUUGACACUUGUCUAAAGAGCCUUAAAAUCCUGCUGAACAAUGACAGAAACAAUGUAUUAAUGUUCACUUCCGAUGGCAAAGUGAAGCAGAACAUGCAGACCAUCAGUUUGCCAUACCACUCAGAUGACAUCAACAUAUUCCAUGCUUCAUCCUUUCACAUCUUGCUCCAGACCAGUUUUGGUUUGCAAAUUCAGAUCCAGCAUGUGCCAGUCAUGCAAGUCUAUGUCAGCCUAGAACAAAGCUACAGAGCAAAGACACGUGGCUUAUGUGGGAACUACAACAUGGCCCUAUCUGAUGACAUGAAGACUCCUCAGGGGAUGGUGGAGGGAACAGCAGCAGCUUUUAGUAACUCCUGGAAGGCUAACCUAAUGUGCCCAGACAGAGAGGAAAGACUUGAGGACCCCUGUUCCCUUAGUGUGGAAAAUGAGUGGUACGCUAAACACUGGUGCGCCUUGCUGCUGAAUCCAGACAGCACCUUUGCACAAUGCCAUUCAGCGGUAGAUCCUGAUAUGUACUACAAGAGAUGUACGUAUGCCAGCUGUAACUGUGAGAAGAGUCAGGACUGCCUGUGUGCCGUCUUCUCCUCCUACGCUCGGGCUUGUGCAUCAAAGGGAGUGAUCUUGACAGACUGGAGAGAGAAUGUGUGCGAUAAAUACACAAGGAGCUGCCCAGCAUCUCAGAUCUUCUCUUACAAGCAUCAGAGAUGCCAGUUGACUUGCAAAUCACUGGGCACAAAGCAGCCAAGUUGCACUUCUGACUUCUUGCCUGUGGAUGGCUGCUCCUGCUCCAAGGGUCUCUACCUAAAUGAAAACGGCAUCUGUGUCCCCAUGGCAAAAUGUCCCUGCUACCAUAACGAAGUCUACAUUAAGUCAGGAAAGUCCAUCAACAUCAAAGACGAGCACUGUUUCUCUUCUGUUACAGCAUGCUAUUUUCCAAAAGUGUUUUUCAACUGCUCCGCUGCGAGCACCAGAGAGCUGGGACUGCGCUGUGCUCGAACUUGCUUAAAUCUGGACAGCAAUGAUUGUGACUCCACAGAGUGUGAAUCUGGCUGUCGGUGUCCAGCUGACCUACUAGAUGAUGGCAAAGGUUCCUGUGUGAAAGAAAAUGAAUGUACUUGUCAGCACAAUGGGCAUAUUUAUUCCCCUGGAUCACAAAUCCCUGACCAGUGCAACAUCUGUACCUGCAAAAGUGGAAGCUGGGAGUGCAGUAAGAAUAAAUGCUCACAAACUUGCAUUAUUUAUGGUAGUGGUCACUACAAUACAUUUGAUCAGCGAACAUAUGGCUUUCAAGGACAUUGUUCCUAUGUUGCUGUUAAGAACAACUGUGGUAAUAAAACAGUACAGGACAACUUUGGAGUAAUCACAGAAAAUGUACCAUGUGGAUCUACAGGCACAACAUGCUCCAAAACUGUUAGAAUCCAACUUGGGCGAAAGGAAAUCAAACUAUCAAAGGGUAAUUAUGACGAGGUGGACCUGGGACAUGGUGCUGAGAUUCAGUACAGAAUAAGGAAGGUUGGCUUAUAUGUGGUGGUAGAAUCUGCCAAUGGUCUGACAGUGAUGUGGGAUGGCAAAACAACUGUUCGCAUCAUCCUGGAACCACAGCACAGCGGAGAGGUAUGUGGCCUGUGUGGAGAUUUUAAUGGUGAUGGACAGAACGACUUCACCACUCAGGGUCAGCUGGUAGUGAGCAAUCCGAUAGAAUUUGCAAACAGCUGGAAAGUGUCAAGCGAGUGCCUGGAUGUGGAAACGAAUGCUGACCCUUGUGGAGAAAGACCCAAUCGACUUCACUGGGCACAAAAGAUGUGCAGCAUUAUAAUUGGAAAAACAUUCAAAGACUGCCACAAUAAGGUAGCCCCCCUUCCAUUUUAUGACAACUGUGUAAGAGACUCAUGUGCCUGCGACUCUGGAGGAGACUGCGAGUGUUUCUGCUCAGCAGUUGCAGCUUAUGCUCAAGCUUGUAAUGAAGCUUCUGUCUGUGUUGCAUGGAGAACUCCAGAAAUCUGUCCUGUCUUUUGUGAUUACUACAACAGCCCAGAUGAAUGCCAGUGGCACUACAACCCUUGCCACACACCUUGCUACAAGACUUGUUUGAAUCCAGAAGAAAAAUGUAGCAAACUUUUACCCAACCUGGAAGGCUGUUACCCUGUAUGCCCUGAAGAUAAGCCCAUAUUUGAUGAGGAGACUGGGAUGUGUGUGGAGGAAUGUUCAGGUUGCUUUUACAACAACACUAGAUACGAGGAAGAUGAAGUUAUUUACAAUGUAACUGACAAUUUGGGAAUGUGCUACUAUGCAAUAUGUAAGAAUUCAACAGUGAUACAUGGAAAUGUACCUUGCUCUAGUACAACUGUCCCAACACCAACAACAACUAUUGCCACCACUACACCCGUAACAACACCAACUGAACCUACUACUACAACAACUGAACAGCCAACUACAACAACAAAAUCAACACCAACUAAACCUACUACUACCACAACUCAAGCGCCAACCACAACACCGUGUAUUACAACGUGUGAGUGGUCAGAGUGGUAUGAUGUGCAUAAUCCAGGAAAGGACAAAAGUGACUGGGAAACAUAUGAGAACAUCAUAAAUAGUGGUAAACAAAUAUGUAAAAAUCCCACAGAAAUUGAUUGUAGAUCAACAGAUUAUCCUGACAAAGACUUCAAUGAUUUUGUGAGUCAAACUGGCCAGGUUGUUACUUGCGAUGUGGGAUAUGGUUUAAUAUGUAAAAAAGAGGAUCAGAUCACACGUCCAUUUAAGUGUUUCAACUAUAAAAUCAGAGUAUGUUGUGAGGUAGAGAUAUGUCAAACCACAACCCAUUCAACCCCAUUAACUACACCUUCCACAACAACUGAAGAGCAAACCACAACCACAAAAUCUACAACCCCACCAACUGAACCUACAACUACCACAACAACCAAAGAGCCAACCACAACCACAACUGAAGAGCCAACAACCACAAAAUCUACAACCCCACCAACUGAACCUACAACUACAACAACUGAAGAACCAACCACAACCACAAAACCUACAACCCCGCCAACUGAACCUACUACUACCACAACCGAAGAGCCCACCACAACCACAAAAUCUACAACCCUACCAACUGAACCUACUACAACCACAACUGAAGAGCCAACCACAACCACAAAAUCUACAACCCCACCAACUGAAACUACUACUACCACAACUGAAGAGCCAACCACAACCACACAAUCUACAACACCACCAAUUGAAUCUAUUUUUACCACAACUGAAGAGCCAACCACAACCACACAAUCUACAACUCCAUCAAUUGAAUCUAUUUUUACCACAACUGAAGAGCCAACCACAACCACACAAUCUACAACACCACCAACUGAAUCUACUACUACCACAACUGAAGAGCCAACCACAACCACACAAUCUACAACACCACCAACUGAAUCUAUUACUACCACAACUGAAGAGCCAACCACGACCACACAAUCUACAACACCACCAACUGAACCUACUACAACCACAACUGAAGAGCCAACCACAACUGAAGAGCCAACCACAACCACAAAAUCUACAACCCCGCCAAUUGAACCUACUACUACCACAACCGAAGAGCCCACCACAACCACAAAAUCUACAACCCUACCAACUGAACCUACUACAACCACAACUGAAGAGCCAACCACAACCACAAAAUCUACAACCCCACCAACUGAACCUACUACUACCACAACUGAAGAGCCAACCACAACCACACAAUCUACAACACCACCAAUUGAAUCUAUUUUUACCACAACUGAAGAGCCAACCACAACCACACAAUCUACAACUCCAUCAAUUGAAUCUAUUUUUACCACAACUGAAGAGCCAACCACAACCACACAAUCUACAACACCACCAACUGAAUCUACUACUACCACAACUGAAGAGCCAACCACAACCACACAAUCUACAACACCACCAACUGAAUCUAUUACUACCACAACUGAAGAGCCAACCACGACCACACAAUCUACAACACCACCAACUGAACCUACUACAACCACAACUGAAGAGCCAACCACAACUGAAGAGCCAACCACAAUCACAAAAUCUACAACCCCGCCAACUGAACCUACUACUACCACAACCGAAGAGCCCACCACAACCACAAAAUCUACAACCCUACCAACUGAACCUACUACUACCAUAACCAAAGAGCCAACCACAACCACACAAUCUACAACCCCACCAACUGAACCUACUACUACCACAACUGAAGAGCCAACCACAACCACACAAUCUACAACACCACCAACUGAACCCACUACUACAAUAACUGAAGAGCCAUCCACAACCACACAAUCUACAACCCUACCAACUGAACCUACUACUACCACAACAACCAAAGAGCCAACCACAACUAUAAAAUCUACAACACCGUGUAUAACAACGUGUGAGUGGUCAGAGUGGUAUGAUGUUCAUAAACCAGGAAAGGACAAAAGUGACUGGGAAACAUAUGAGAACAUCAUAAACAGUGGUAAACAAAUAUGUGAAAAUCCCACAGAAAUUGAUUGUAGAGCAACAGAUCAUCCUGACAAAGACUUCAAUGAUUUUGUGAGUCAAACUGGCCAGGUUGUUACUUGCGAUGUGGGAUAUGGUUUAAUAUGUAAAAAAGAGGAUCAGAUCACACGUCCAUUUAAGUGUUUCAACUAUAAAAUCAGAGUAUGCUGUGAGGUAGAGAUAUGUCCAACCACAACCCAUUCAACCCCAUUAACUACACCUCCCACAACAACUGAAGAGCCAACCACAACCACAAAAUCUACAACCCAACCAACUGAACCUACAACUACCACAACAACCAAAGAGCCAACCACAACCACAAAAUCUACAACCCCACCAACUGAACCUACUACUACCACAACUGAAGAGCCAACAACAACCACAAAAUCUACAACCCCACCAACUGAACCUACUACUACCACAACCGAAGAGCCAACCACAACCACACAAUCUACAACACCACCAACUGAACCUACUACUACCACAACUGAAGAGCCAACCACAACCACACAAUCUACAACACCACCAACUGAACCCACUACUACAACAACAACUGAAGAGACAACCACACAAUCUACAACACCACCAACUGAACCUACUACUACCACAACCGAAGAGCCAACCACAACCACACAAUCUACAACACCACUAACUGAACCUACUACUACCACAACUGAAGAGCCAACCACAACCACACAAUCUACAACCCCACCAACUGAACCUACUACUACCACAACUAAAGAGCCAACCACAACCACACAAUCUACAACACCACCAACUGAACCCACUACUACAACAACAACUGAAGAGCCAACCACAACCACACAAUCUACAACACCACCAACUGAACCUACUACUACCACAACCGAAGAGCCAACCACAACCACACAAUCUACAACACCACCAACUGAACCUACUACUACCACAACUGAAGAGCCAACCACAACCACAAAAUCUACAACCCCACCAACUGAACCUACUACUACCACAACUGAAGAGCCAACCACAACCACUCAAUCUACAACACCACCAACUGAACCCACUACUACAACAACAACUGAAGAGACAACCACAAUCACACAAUCUACAACACCACCAACUGAACCUACUACUACCACAACCGAAGAGCCAACCACAACCACACAAUCUACAACACCACCAACUGAACCCACUACUACAACAACAACUGAAGAGCCAACCACAACCACACAAUCUACAACACCACCAACUGAACCUACUACUACCACAACUGAAGAGCCAACCACAACCACACAAUCUACAACCCCACCAACUGAACCUACUACUACCACAACUGAAGAGCCAACCACAACCACACAAUCUACAACCCCACCAACUGAACCUACCACUACCACAACUGAAGAGCCAACCACAACCACACAAUCUACAACCCCACCAACUGAACCUACCACUACCACAACUGAAGAGCCAACCACAACCACACAAUCUACAACACCACCAACUGAACCUACUACUACCACAACUGAAGAGCCAACCACAACCACACAAUCUACAACCCCACCAACUGAACCUACCACUACCACAACUGAAGAGCCAACCACAACCACACAAAAUCUACAACCCCACCAACUGAACCUACUACUACCACAACUGAAGAAGCCAACCACAACCACACAAUCUACAACACCACCAACUGAACCCACUACUACAACAACAACUGAAGAGCCAACCACAACCACACAAUCUACAACACCACCAACUGAACCUACUACUACCACAACCAAAGAGCCAACCACAACCACACAAUCAACAACACCACCAACUGAACCUACUACAACAACAACAACUGAAGAGCCAACCACAACCACACAAUCUACAACCCCACCAACUGAACCCACUACUACAACAACAACUGAAGAGCCAACCACAACCACACAAUCUACAACACCACCAACUGAACCUACUACUACCACAACUGAAGAGCCAACCACAACCACACAAUCUACAACCCCACCAACUGAACCUACUACUACCACAACCGAAGAGCCAACCACAACCACAAAAUCUACAACCCCACCAACUGAACCUACUACUACCACAACCGAAGAGCCAACCACAACCACACAAUCUACAACCCCACCAACUGAACCUACUACUACCACAACUGAAGAGCCAACCACAACCACACAAUCUACAACACCACCAACUGAACCCACUACUACUACCACAACCGAAGAGCCAACCACAACCACACAAUCUACAACCCCACCAACUGAACCUACUACUACCACAACUGAAGAGCCAACCACAACCACACAAUCUACAACACCACCAACUGAACCUACUACAACAACAACUGAAGAGCCAACCACAACCACACAAUCUACAAUACCACCAACUGAACCUACUACUACCACAACCGAAGAGCCAACCACAACCACACAAUCUACAACACCACCAACUGAACCUACUACUACCACAACCGAAGAGCCAACCACAACCACACAAUCUACAACCCCACCAACUGAACCUACUACUACCACAACCGAAGAGCCAACCACAACCACACAAUCUACAACACCACCAACUGAACCCACUACUACUACCACAACCGAAGAGCCAACCACAACCACACAAUCUACAACACCACCAAUUGAACCCACUACUACAACAACAACUGAAGAGCCAACCACAACCACACAAUCUACAACACCACCAACUGAACCUACUACUACCACAACCGAAGAGCCAACCACAACCACACAAUCUACAACACCACCAACUGAACCUACUACUACCACAACUGAAGAGCCAACCACAACCACAAAAUCUACAACCCCACCAACUGAACCUACUACUACAGGGGAUGUAAUAUUAGACAUGAAAGACAUUGGAUCAGGUGUAUGUCUCACAAUGAUAUGUUCUGAUAUUUGUGAGAUUCAUAACACGACAGUAAUUUGCCCAAGCAUACCUACACCCACACCCACAACACCUGUACCUACCUGCCCUGAAUGGAAUGUAACACAAAAUGAGACCUUCUUUUUGUGCAACUGCACCAUGGCCAGAUGCAUUGAGAACAAUACAAUUGAAAUAAUUCCAUAUGAAUGUCCACCCCUUGAGAACAUCACUUGUACCAAUGGAAAGAAACCAGUUCUUGUGUAUGAUGAGUACUACUGCUGCCAGCAUUACGCUUGUGACUGUGUAUGUGAAGGCUGGGGAGAUCCUCAUUACAUUACAUUUGAUGGAUUGUACUACAGUUAUCAAGGAAACUGUACUUACGUCUUGAUGGAAGAGAUUUUACCAAAACAUAACUUGAACAUUUAUAUUGACAAUGUCUUGUGUGAUCCCACUGAAGAUGUUUCUUGUCCGCGAUCAAUAAUGGUAUCAUACCAAUGGGAAGUUGUCACACUCUUAAAUCAUAACCUUCUUGGAGCAGCACAGUUGGAGGCACUGAAAAACGGAGUACGUCUGAAACUACCUUAUUCACAGCAAGGUGUUAGGAUCUUCGACUCUGGCAUUAACUUGAUUUUGGAGAUCCCUCGCUUAAAAGUGGUCAUUACAUUUGGAAUAACUGGCUUUAGUGUGACCCUUCCAUAUCAAUACUUUGGCAGUAACACACAGGGCCAUUGUGGAACAUGCAAUAACAACACGGCUGAUGACUGCAGGCUGCCUGGAGGACAGCUGGUGGAAAAUUGUGCCGUGAUGGCCGACUAUUGGCCUGCAAAACACAUUAACCAACCCAACUGCCACAUACCUUCUGUUUUGCCCACCAAUAUGCCUGAACCUCCACCAACCACAUGCAAGCCAGAUUCCAUAUGUCACCUGCUUAAGAGCAGUCUCUUUGCAGCGUGCCAUCCCUUUGUCUCUCCUGACAAUUUCUAUCGAGGUUGUGUUUUUGAUAGCUGCCAUGUUUCCAACCCAGCAGUGGAUUGUACAAGUUUGCAAACUUAUGCUGCUGCCUGUGCUCAGGCUGGGGUUUGUCUGCACUGGAGGAACCACACCAGGUUGUGCGCAAGUGACUGCCCAUCAAACAAAGUUUACAAGCCAUGUGGUCCUGCAGAACAGCCAACCUGUGAAGACAAUUCUAAUGAACCAACCAUGAAGUACACUACCGAGGGCUGCUUUUGUCCUGAUGGAAUGAAACUCUUCAACAAAGACUCUGGCAUAUGUGUUAAUACAUGUGGAUGUCUUGAUCCUGAGGGCAUUCCUCGUCAGCUUAAUGAGAGGUUUGAGUACAAAUGCCAAAACUGCAUUUGUGAGGAGUCCACCAAAACUGUGACUUGCAAGCCAAAGACAUGCCCGACACCACCUAUAACAAAUUGCAUUGGUCCCGGGUUUGUCCUCGUCAACCAAACUAUGCCAUCAGACCCUUGCUGUUCUACUCUUGUUUGCCAAUGCCACAGCAACACUUGCCCAAUCACCAACAUGAACUGUCCGGUAGGAUAUAUGCCAGUUGUCAGUGUUCCUGAGGGAAAGUGCUGUCCAGAACGUAGAUGUGAGCCUAAAAGAGUUUGUGUCCACAAAGACUAUGAAUACCAGCCUGGCUCUUCAGUUCCUGCGCCUCUAUGUCAGGAUUGUAACUGCACCAAUGAGGUGGACCCCCGUUCUGGUCUAUUCAAGAUACGUUGUGAGUUUCAGAAAUGUCAAGAAGACUGUGACAUGGGAUAUGAAUAUGUGGAAACUAAUUCAGGUGAAUGCUGUGGAAAGUGUGUACAGACACACUGUGUCGUCAGUGUUAAUGAUGAUACCAAAAAGCUCUUGAAGCCAGGAGAGACCUGGUCAUCAACUGAGAAUAAGUGUCAGCAUUACACCUGUAUGGAGGUCGGUGACACUUUAACAACCUUCAAUUCACAAAUUGUCUGCCCGCCAUUCCAGCAGAGCAACUGCCAACCUGGCACAAUUCAGACUGCAGCAAAUGGCUGCUGUAAAAUCUGUGUGGAGAGGGAGAAGGCCUGCAAGGUAGUACCCAUGAAAGCACACGUUAUGCACAAGGGCUGUCAGUCCUACCAGGAGGUAGAUAUGCCAUAUUGUGAAGGAUCCUGCAACACUUUCACCAAGUACUCUGAAGCAGCAGCUGCUAUGCAGCAUUCUUGUUCCUGCUGCAGGGGGACUCGCUCCAGCAAUCGCACUGUUGACUUGCACUGCCUGAAUGGAGAUGUGGUUCCCUACUCAUACAUCCAUGUGGAGGAGUGUGGCUGCGGCCACACAGACUGCACCAGAGCUGCUGCACAACCCAUGCGUAGGAGGCAAAGUUUCACACUGGUGUAAACUGGAUGUGGGAUGUAAAAGUUUCUUCCCAUAUU